UUGAUCGCUCUCCUCGACUGCCGGGCUAACCGGCGGGCCUUUCCUCUUGGCCUGUAUUUGUUUUAUUUCGUUCUAUAUUCUUCGUCCCCGCUGUCACGAUAACGUCUCGUCUCGUCUUUUCAUCCCCGCGAGCCUGUCGAUCGAAGAUGGCCUUCGGCUCCCUACCCAGGUCUCGAAAGCGACAGGCUGCGCCUUCCUCUUCCGAUUCCCAGAAGGGAAGCCCUCGGCGAGGCAUAGAUGACCCGGUUAUCCUGAAGCGGGCAACGAGAGUUCGCCGUGGCGCCAUUGCCGUAUCGUGCUUCUGCUACUUGGUUGCUGUCGUGCUGCUCAUCUUGGUCGAGGUGGGCAAUACGCAUAUCUCCAACGUCCAAAGCGAUAUCUUUUUUUUCAAGCUUGACCUCUCCGACAUCCUCCCCCAGUCGGCACCCACGAGCUUGACCUUGCAGAACUCCAUCGCGCGGACGCUAGGCCUCCACGAUUUCUACCAGGUCGGUCUCUGGAACUUUUGCGAGGGAUACGAUACCGAUGGCAUUACGUACUGUUCGACUCCGACCGCGCUCUACUGGUUCAACCCCGUCGAGAUUUUGAUGGGCGAACUCUUCUCGGGGGCAUCGAUUGCCUUGCCUUCCCAAGUGAACGACAUCCUGACCAUCUUGCGCAUCGCCUCGAACAUUAUGUUUGGCUUCUUCUUGACGAGCCUGGUUUUGAACUUCGUGCUGAUGUUUGUCGCGCCCGUCGUCUUAUACUCGCGAUGGUGGAGUCUUCCGUUCUCCUUCUUCGCCAUGCUCUCCACCCUGCUGGUCCUGGUAGCCUCGAUACUCGGCACCGCUAUGUCUCUGAUCUUCAAGUUUGCUCUCACGUCGCAGACCGAUCUCAACGUCAAUGCCGAGGUCGGGACGAAGAUGUUCGCGUUCAUGUGGUUGGCGACCGCGUUCACGAUGUUGGCCUUCAUCAUCCACGCCGGCUUAGGCUGCUGCUGCGCUACACGUCGAGACGUACGGACGGGACUCAAGGGAGGGCGGUACCACAAGCAGCUAGCGGCGAACAACGAUCCCAACAAGACGGCCACUUCGGGUUGAUGGAGUGUCUGGACGAGAUCAGGAUAAGACCGUCUGAUCGAUCGAUUCUCACGGCGGUCGGUUAAGCGAUCAGUACGCGGGGCGGUCGCCACGGAUUAUUUGCUUUUUAUGUAUAGAUUGGGGGGCGGCGUUGGUAAUAGGAUACUGCC